AUGGCGCACAUGAGCCUGGAACAGUAUCUCAGUCAGGUUUGAAAAGCAGCUAAAUUUCUUUGCUCUGAAAUCAUCGGGUGAAAUACUGACAUCCUUCUGUGAAAUAUAUUAGGUGGAAAGAGGGCUUGUGUCCAAGAAUGGUGACAUUUUAGCGGUAAGUGUCGUAAGCGUUGUACACAUGUGUUUCGUUUGUGUGACUGUGUGGUUUUAAUAGAGGAAACUUCCUUGUAUAUAUAGGCGAGGUAAGACUUAACUCACUGACUGUCACUGUAGCAAGAGACGUUUCAGUUGACUGUCGUGAGUUAUGAAAUUUAAAAUUUAUUUUGUUCUGCAUGUCAAUACUCUCGAACAGUCACAUUUUCACCAAACCAGUCAAGACUCGUUUGCAGAGUGUGUGUAUAAUAUGCGAGCCAGCGAGUCAUGCGAGUCAACAUGUGAGUCAACAUGCGAGCCAUGCGAGUCAUGCGAGUCAGCAUAAAAUAACUUUGUUUUUAACGUAAACUACUACUAAGUAACGUAUCUAUUCCAAAGGCAGGUCCUUUAAAAUUCAGCUUCAGAAAAAUUCGCCAACAUACAAAUUGAACGAGGUGAAACAAUAACAAAGGUUUCUCAAAAUUCACAGUUAUCGAAAAAGCUAUGACGUCAUUGAGGGGUAUUUUCGUUAGCGAGUCAACAUUUUACGAGUUUAUUCCUUGCGAUUUACUUAAGAUGUUUCUUUUCUUCAAGUUUAUACACUCGAUAAAAUUGCGGGCGACAUGACUUAGGACUCAUGACUUCGGGCGAGAUGACUUUCGGGCGACUUGACCGGUUACCUUUUCAUACAUUUUCUUUAAAAGACUUUCUUGCUGUCGUCUGAACGCUAAUUUCAUGCUACAAAUGUUAAAAAAGUUAAAUUGCCUAUGAUAUGCCAAAAAAUGGAUUCUCUUUCCUCCGAACUUCUGUCUCGCAUGGCUCACAUGAUGACUCGCAUGACUCACUGGCUCGACUCGCAUGACUCGCUGGCUCGCUGGCUCGCAGUUUGUCAAGACCCUUUGCAGAUGUUUUUCUUCAGUUCACACAUAAUAUAUAGAUUUAGCCAGGGCUAAAAGCGAAGCUCCCGUUCAUAAAUUCAUAAUUUAAAUCAAACAAUAAACUUGUAAUCCGCAGAUCAGGGCACAUUCAUUUGACGUUUGAGGCAAAGGCUAAGUGAUUUUAGAGAAAAAUAAUUUGACAGUCCAAGAGUGAAACAGCUUUUACAUCGAGUUAUUAAAUAAUCUUAUUUGUACACCCAAAAAUAGCAAUCAUGUUCGAUCACAGUAGAUUAGGCCUGGAAAACAAAUAGACCUACCUAUUCGUGUAUUGUAUUUGCAUUAGCUGUUGAAUCAUAAUGUGGCAUUCACCACUCUCUCCAACAUUGCUCCGUUUGAGAGACUAUGGAUAAUUGGACAACCCCAAAUAUAAUUUUAAAAACACAGGCGCCACGAUAGUCCUUGGUGGCAGCCAAUUUACACGUUGCAUUCCUCUGUCUAAAAAGAGGGCAAAAAUAAAAAAUCAGGCCGGAUUUUUUGUGUUCGACAAGUUUAGUUUGCUAGUAAAUCUUGGCGACGAAUCUGGUGGAGUGUAAACCAGCCUUUUAAACAUACUUUUUCUCAUCACGUCUCAGGUAAACAGUACUAUGAGGCCCUUGUUUUUAUCAUACAGAUCUCGGACAGAAUUUGUUCUUUUUUGCCCAAUUUAAACCUAUAAUUCUGCCGUUUUUCACAAUUUUGCAAGAGAAUUUGCACUCAUUCAAUAUCCACGACGAUCAAAGCACGCGCUUCCUUUGCACAACAAAUUAUAGCAUUGAAUUAUAAAACGUUUUCAUGAAGAGAAUUCUAUAAUGCCAGGACUUUCAGUUAGAAAAAUCUGGUCCUAUGUGAUAUGCAGGGUAAAAUGGGCUUUUAAUGAAAACGAUAAAAAAAUUCCCAAAAUCACUUUUCGCCCAGCGGACGGGGCUCACUUUUGACAGGCACUAAAUUUGCAGUGCGAUUAAUAGAGUUACCAUUUACGCUUCAACAUGAUAGAUAAAUUGUAUGUUUAGGUUUUAUUUCCCUUUAUUUAUUAAACUGCGGACGGCUUUGUUAUGUGUAAUCUUUAAAAGCGAGUGAUAUUUACGUAGGCGUUUUGAGUAUUCCUGCAUGAGAUGUUUAUGUUCGACUGGAUACAACCGGUGCAGCGAUAAAAAUUGCGAGAGGGACUACUAACAAUCAAUAAAAUAAAUAUAAUUCGGUGAAACAUGUACAGAGACAAUAAUUUUCAUUCACGAAGAGAAGUAUUGAGAGUAAAGUGUCUUUGAAAAUCAUGAGUCAGGUAAGCAUAAGCUUAUUUAUGUUUUAAGCAGGCUUCCCGGUGUUUGCUCUUUUUCAAGAUGAACUCGAGGCAAGAAAAUCGCUCAGGGCUUUCUUUUUACAGUCAAAAUCAUAAGUAAAUAAUCUUCGGAACAUUUUCUUUGAAUUUGAGGUCAAAAAAUGUCUAAAGGCUUUUUAAACCUGAUACUAUUGUAGGUUAGAUCAUUGCUCGUACAUAAACUUAAGCCGCAUAAACCAUACGCUCGACUUCAGGAAACCGAAAAAAAAAAACACAUCAAAGACAACAAUUUCUCAGGCUUACCAGUGGAAAUGCUGCUUCUGAAGGUCAUCAAGUGUUCCAGAAUUUUCAACCCUCUUACGCCUCAAGCAAGGGCAAGUGAGUAGGCUCAUUUUUGAAAACGAUGCCAUCCGAAAUCAGAUUUCCAAUGACUUUGACAAGUGGUGCAUUUGUCAACAAAGAGCGCAAUAAACAAACCAGCCAUGAAUUACAGAACAAUCUUGAUAGCAGCUGUAUUUCAUUUUGUAAACCAAGUAGAAACAGCCAGUUUAAAACAUCACAAGAUGACACAAAACUCUGUAAGCUCCAGCUAUCAGUAAGCAAGUUUCCAGACGCUGCAUAAAUUUUCCGCAUGAACUCACCUGUCAAAUUUUGACCAAUCAGAACAUAAAAAUUGAUCGUAGAGCGUGAUCAACGCGUGACAGUAAGAAAAGUCAAAAGUGAUUGCCUUCCCCGCAUGUAAAUGUAAAAGCCGGUUGAAUUUUCGCGUCCGAGGUCAGUUCGAAAUCAACAUUUUAAAAGUGCGGCUCAUGAACUCGACUUAUUUCAUAUGCUUUUAAAAAAAAUUGAACUUGAGCCUGUGAUAAUUGAAAAGUAGCAACCUGUCAGCGGAUAUGUUAAAAAACACUCGAACUCAGUGGGUCGAUACCUGAGCCCGCGAUAGGGUCAGGCGAUACUGGUCAGCAGUAACACUAUUUUGACUGCUGUCAAUUAAUCAAAACAUGGAUGUACAAUAUCAGGUUGCAGGCUCCCAAACUAGCUAGAAAGUGUGAGAUUAAAUGUUGGUAUACCUGUGGUGCGGACGGACGGAAGGUCGGGUGGUCGGUGUACGGUCACGUGAUUGCCGAAUUUUCUAAGAUGGAUCGAUUUUCUAAGCUAUGGGACUUCGAAUUGAGCCCAUGAUCAAAUAAAAUAUCAGCGCAAAACUUUAAACACUACGUGACCUCAAUGGAUAGGCUAAUGAGCCCGCGAUACACUCAGAUGAUGAUGGUCAGCGUAUACUCUAGUUUGACAGCUGUCAAUUAACCUUCAUUACAAUGGCGAAUAUUCGAAUUAACAGACUACGAGUGUGAGUAAGACAUCUCCGUCCGGCAUAUAGUGGAAAAUGCCAGAUCGUGUACCUGAGCGAACCUGAGCCCACGUUAUUAGUUUUCUAAUAGUGGUCUGCACAUGUCCCAUUUUGACAGCUGUCAAUUGACCUUAAUUUGGCUUGCCAAUAUAUCUUUAAAUGACUGUCAGCCAACUGACAGCCUUGCCCAGUGUAGUUUUGUUUUUAUGUUGAAUUGGUAAGUGUGACAUAUUAUAUCCGCUUAUAUGUAGGGGCAAAACGACUGGUCUUUCAUCUGAGCCCGCGAGAUAGUCAUGUGAUAAUUGUCAGCGGAUGCCUAAUUUUGACAGCUGUCAAUCUAAUCGUACUCAUGCGGAUGGCUUACAUAACUAAGAGGCGAGUCAAGUUGUGCAAGAUCCUUUGUGACAUUUGACAUCGGCUUACAUGAAGCGUGUGUACGGGUGGGCGGGCGGGCGGGCGUACGCUAUGUCAUAACCAAAUUUUCUCAGAUGGAUAGUUUACCAAAUUUUCUUACCCAUGGUGCUCCGCUCUGCGCGCGCUUCGCGCGCGCGAGGAGCUCCGCUAUAAUAUAGUGUAGGGUACAUGUGCAUGCCGUAUUUUGCACUUCAUAAAAUUAAUGAGAAUGGAUUCACAUUGUGAUUAGUAAAAAACCUAUAAUUCGUUUAUUGGACAGUCAGAGUGAGACUAACCUGCGUAGCAGGCGCUUGGAAGUAAAAGGUGCAAGAAAGAAUGGGGUGUGUGAGGGAGACACACAAAGGGAGAGGGAUCGCUGCUUUUACUUGCUUUCUGAGAGUGCGAAAAAUUCCUCUUGGUUAAUAGGCUCCCGAGGGGAUAAGUGUUUGCCGUAGGUGAGAAAACUGUCAAUCAAAGAAAACAUGAGAUCAUUUGUAAACAUGUAGUACAAUGAAGGUCGUAUUACAACAGUAAAUGGUAUAAUCAAAAAUCAGAUCUUGGAGGUCACUAAUUUAAUACCACUGUGUGGCUAUAAUCUCAAAGAAAAAGUGGAUUGUGCAAAUGGUAUUCACAAAGGAACGAUUUGACAUCAAAUACCCAUUAGCAGAAGUGGUGACAGACAAAAGAUUUGUUGAAUCAUUGAAAUGAAGAUCAGAGGAAAUACUCUUUGUUCAAAAAGAACUUGGCAGCUUACAUUGUCGAUGACAUACAUACCAUCAAGACCUCCACAGGAUUGAUGAAAUGAGACUCUUACUAGGGGGAUGAAUUUCAACAAAACCUUUCACUAUUUAGCAUUGAUAUCAUUAACUUGAAUGCGACCUGAUGACUGAUGUUAAUGUCUCAUUACUGUAGCCCAUAAAAACGUCUUGUUACUGUUUACAUCCUGAACUUUAGGUCCAUUUAACAAGACAUGUCUGCUCAAAAAAUUAAUCAGCUAGCACUUUGCACAAAAGUACAGUCUGCUAUGGUAAUUUUUCCACAUACCCUGUGAUCUUUGGUAUCUGUACAGUUGUGAUUUUGCAAUCUCAGAGAACAAUAUACAGUCGACUCCCGAUAAGUCGAACCUUCAAGGUAGUGCGAGAAAAGUUUGAGUUAUCAGGAGUUCGAGUUAUCGGGAGCUCAAAGAAAAUAGCCAAAUUAAGGAAAAAAACAUUUUUUUACUGUACAGAGAACAUUUUAAUCACAUUUAAUUGUAAAUUUUGGUUCGAAUUAGCGCAAGGUUUGAGUUUGCAAGGGUUCGAGUUAUCGAGAGUCGACUGCACUAGCCUUCUAUAAUACAGAGCAUGCAUUCUAUAAAUAUAUCCAGGUUUUACUCUGUUUUUUCAUAUUUAUCGUGUCUUUGGUUAAAAACAUUAAUUAUUUUAAUGCUGUGUGUUUGUCGUCUGUUUAUUGCUCCUUUGCUCUAUAAUCAGAUCACGUAGCUGAUCUUUGUAACAGAUAUUUAGACUGAGGAUAUAAAAAUAUAACAUGCUUUGACACCUUUUGUUUGUGCCAGGUUGAUCUGGAUCAUUUUAAGUCGAAAUUUUUGACAAAUCACACAGCAGCCGCUAGAUAAUUAGAAAGAGGGUGGGAAACGAUUUUCAUAGGCUUCUUGGGUAGGCACUCCCUCUCACCUCACAUGUUCGCCUUGAGCACUGGGUUCUUUCUUGCACCCAUUUCUUUCAAGCGCCUGCGACGCAAGCUAGUCAGUGAGACAGAUGAAUUACUUUUGCAGAGUCAAUGGUUGCAAUAAUAUAUAAAUAAUUUCAAUAUUUCAUUUACUACAUCUAAGCUUACAAGGAAAUCAAAUCUAAAAGGCAGCUGAAGUUACAUACUGGUAAAACAACUUUGGCAAUAGCCUUACGCACACUCAUCCUUAAAGCAGGGCUUCUGAUAUUUCGCGGAAAAAAAAGCAAAAUUUCGCGGGAUUUUCAGGGACAAAUUCGCGGAAAAAUCGGCCGAUUUCGCGGGAUUUUCGAGGAAGAAAAGUCAAAAUUCGCAAAAAAAUCGGCUGAUUUCGUGGAUUUUAGCGGAAAAAAUUCAAAUUUCGAAGGAUUUUCAGGGGCAAAUUGUUAGGAAAAUCGGCCAAUUUCACGGGAAAUUUCGGGGGGAAACUUCGCCAAGAAGCAAUCAGUAAAAAAACAGCCGAUUUCGCUGGAUUUUUUUUGGCAAAUUUCGCUAAAAUCGAUCAAUUUUGUGUUGAUAUGACCAGCGUUGUUUAACGUUUUUUUAAGAGGGAUAUAAAUCAUUUGCUCUUUCAACAACAGUUCGCUCGAGAAAUAAGCGAAUGGUAAAGCUAUUAACAUUAUUGUUAGUGCCCAGUUUUUCACAACAUUAAUCUAAGAACGCCUGUUAGUUUUGGGACGUUGUUUACUCGUUGCAGUGACGACGUUUCAAGAUAAAUUUGGACGUUUGGGGUGAAUAAAACAGGUUUAAUUGCCAAGAUAAGUAUCAAAUAUGUUUUGCCGACAUGUAUUUGGAAAUAUUUCUGGCGAAUUUCGCGGUAUUUCGCGUUUUUUUGGGAAUUUCGCGGGAUUUCGCAGAAAUACCUGAAUUUCGCGGGUCCGCGACCGCGCGAAAUAUCAGAAGCCCUGUUAAAGAGUUAUUUUGCUGAUAAACCAUUGUAUUAUUCAUUCAAACUAUUUUGCUGUUUCUGAUUGGCUCCAAACCCCUGACCAAUUCUUCCGAACUGGCUAGCACUGACUGAAUUUGGAAGGUGUAGGCAAUAAUGCAUCAAUUCGUUGGUAUAUUGCUAGCAGACUUGUUUUCAGGAAAUAACCAGUUCAGUUAUGCAGAACUCAAGAGUGCAGCAGCCUACAGCUGUUUAUACCUGUAGCUAUCUAAGCCUGAGUGAACUGAAGGGAAGAGAUGUUCACGGCUAUCCAAAGAUGAAAAGCUGAAUUUCUGACUACAAAACAACUGAACAGAGAAAUACAAUAAUGAGCAAACAAAAUCAUAUGAUGUGAAGAAUUGUGCGGAUCUCUAAGGUUUUGGCCUCGGUAAAUAACAUCCUCCUUGAUGUGCAUUAUUCUUUACACUAUUCUCAGCCUCAUUCAAUAAUAUUGUUAUGUGUGUAAAAUAUAACCAUUAGAAAGUUUUGGAUAGUCCUAAUCCCCUGAACAGAUCACUAUCCACUUGCUAAGUAUGAAAGAAACCCAUUAUACUAUCCUUAGGGAAAAGAUUAAAUCUCCUUAUCCAGUUGAUCAUGUUACUAACCUUUUGAACAACUUGGCCAUGGAUUUGGUGUAGAGCUUUCAACUGAAAAUGACUGUAGUACUAAAAUAAUUAAUAUGUCUUUGUGUCACAGGAACUGCUUUCAUUUCACCAUCCACACAUUGCAAGUCUCAGACUUCAGGUACAUGUAUGAAUUUUAUUCAUUGUUUACAAUCCCUGUAGUACUAAACACAGUCUUCUUAUUUUAAUGUAUGUAACUGUACUGUCUUAAAAGUACUACCAAGGAGUUUUCAUAAAAUUUAAGGUGAUUGAUAUAAAAACAAUGCUUGUACAGCCCUAUCAGUGAAAGGUUAGAGAACUGUGUUGUCCUCCUUUUUACUCAUGCCAUCAUGAAUCUUUAUUUAUAGUUACCAGAUGCACAGGUUCAGUGUGAGAGGUGGUUUGAACAACCCUAUGAUGAAAUGGUAGCUUCACAUCUCAGGUAUACAUGUUGGAAGAGGAUCCAAAAUGAGUCAUACUUGUGUAAUUGCAUUUAAUGGGAUCUCAGUUUUUUUAUAACUAAGAUACGAUACAGAGAGGAGAAGUGUGACAUCACAUUACCAUGGUAGCAAAUUUCUGGAUCACAACAGUAGGAAACCUAAGCAACAACGACGGUGAUGUUUAUGAGAACUGUAAAAAAGCAAUAGUUUUAUAUUAUACUUUUUGUACUUCUCUUAGCCAUUUUUGCGUGACUGUGACGUGAAAAUUCCUUAUUUCUGGCGCCUACCUGAUAGAUUGCUAGGACACAAGACAGCAAUUUUCUUUUUCUAAACUUAGAUACUGUCCUUUCGGAUUCAAGCGCGGAAAAUUUUGCCAAAAUUUGACAAACUGAAUAAAAUUAAAUUAGAGCUUUAACAUGUUUACGGUUUGCAACAGUGUGAUUUCACUUUUUGACUGACAUUUUCGAUCUGUUGAGAUCCAGAAAUUUUGUUACCAUAGCAAUGUGACGUAAUGACUUCUCCUGUCUAUUGUAUACUUGUAUAAGCGUGUCUUUUGUGCCACCACUCUUUGGCUCUUACAUGUAGGUCAGCAUUCCUCCAUCUCCUAAUGACUGCUGAAUGAUCCACAUAAUAGGUUCUUAGGUUCGUACUUUCUAAAAUGUAAUAAAAAAAAUUUGUAUUCUUGGGCAAAUAAGAUACAUCUGUAAGUCAACAUUCAGAAUCCUCUUUGAAGACCUAGGGGUCUUAUUACUCCAACUGUAAUGUAAUGGUAUGCAGAUUUUACUAAGGAAUAAGCUAAAAAUACCGCAAGAUACUCUUAGCUUCAAUGUUUUUUUUGUUCUUCAGAAAAUAUGAACCUAUUCAAGAACCUACAUAGCCUAAAUUUGUAUUGAUUAUACUGUACCAUUUAUAUAAGAACCUCUUUAGGCUAACUUGGAAUAAUAUAGGUUCUCAGUCACAGGUUUUUACUGUAUUACAGUAUUAUUUUUCAGCCAGUAAGUUAGAGUAAGUGACCUUACAUGUAAAUAAUUGUCUGAAAAUAAGUUUUCAGCGGACGUUUGAUGCAGUAGUUAAGAAGAAGAAAAAACAAAACUUUUUUUUGCUAAUUUAUGUGUAUCUUUGUUUUUAUUUGCAGAGCUGUGUGGGCUGUGGCAAAUGGUGAUUAUGUUGAAGCACGAGCAGCUCAAGCAGUUGUUGUUCAAUAUCCUUUUAGCAAUUAACACUCUACUGCACUGUACUUUUCCUCUCCAAUAUACAGUAGAAAUACAUUCGAAACAAUCAGGUGCAGAAUUGGUCACUUUGAGGUAAAAUCUGAGACUGGGCCAACCGUUGUUGUGUCAAAUUUCCAUGUCUGACUGUGUUGGGGACAAAUUUUCAUCAAGGAAAUUUUUUCAUGUAUACUACUCUCCACAAAGGCGACCUUGGGGACAGAAGAAAGUGGCCAUUGUGGAGAGGUGGCCAUUAUGGGAAGGUAGAGGGGUAAUAUGACAAAUAAAUUAUUUUUUGGGAGUACAACAUACUUAUUGUGCUAAGUUCAUGCUUACUUUACCCCAUAAUGGUAAUCCACUCAUUAUUUAUAAAUAAUAGAGGUAAAAUGCAUAAAUAAUGUAAAUAAUUUUUUGAGGUGCACAACUUUAUAGCUAUAAGUAUUGUAGACAAAAUGAAUAUAAUCUUACUGCAGCAGUAUGAAUGGAACACAAUCAAAAUACCAUUACCAAGCAUCAACGUGUCAUAAGAUCAAAUUUCAUGACCAUUCUUGACUUUUUCAUCAGUUGCUAAAAAAACUGACUUUUGUCAAGAGGUUAUUUUGGCAGUUGGGAACCUGCUUUAGUGGUCAUUGCUGUUGUAAAGAGGUGACCGUCACAGAGAGGUUUAAACAAGAGGCAAUGUAUGGGCUGUCUGCUGGGUCAAAAAAAGUGGCCGUUAGUAGAGGUUCCACUGUAUUACCUAUACUAAUUGCAUCACUUUCUAUGUACAACUACUAUUUCACUACAUACUGUAAAAUUCCGAAAAUAAGCUCCGGGGCUUAUAUUUUUCAAAGGCCCUUUUUGAGGGGCUUAUUUUUGGAGGGGCUUAUAUUCGGAGGGGCUUAUCUACGGAGGGAAAUUUUCAUUUCAAAUGAGGAAGGAUAUUUACCAUUUUUGCUUUGUUUUACUUUGUAUUCGAGGGCAAAUUCCAAGUACAAACCCCCAAGGGGGCUUAUAUUUGGAGGGGCGAUUUAACGGAGGGUUUUUUGCAUUAUGAUUUUGGGGGGCUUAUAUUUGGAGGGGCUUAUUCAUGGAGGGGAUUAUUUUCGGAAUUUUAUGGUAUGUUGAGAAAGUUUAACCCACCAUGACAACAGUGAUAAUGAUAUUGGCACAAAAACUUUUUCUUCUAUCCUUUGCAAAAUGAUAGCAUUAACUUAUCCAGUAUGUAACCUUUAAAAUCUGUCAACUCUUCCCUCCAUUUAUUUUAUGUUGUACUAAAAAAUAUUAUUCUGUAGACAAAGUUAGGCUGAUUUCCUCGGUUUGGCUUAAAAGAAUCAAAAACAGUGCUUUAAAUUUGAUCAUGCUGAAAGCUUUCUUGCACUCUCUGUGCAUAUUUCAUAUGGUCUGUUCUGUUUGGUACAUAACAUUGGUUCUAUCAGGCUUCACUACUUUAGUUUUGUCAAAGAAUUAUUUUUCUGGUGUGUAUUGUAUUUCUACCUAAUGGAUACAAAACUACUGAGUAAAGAUGAUUUGUCAAUUAGAUGCAAAUUAUACUCAAUUCAUGUUCCCACUGACAUUUUGCUUUCCUUAAAAAUUGGCACAACUUUCACCCGUGGUUUCCAAAGUCAAAAAGAUGAAAACUGGUGAGUGAAUAAACUGUUGAUAAUUGGUGCUUGCUUGCUUAAGGUCACUCCGCUUAAGGUCACUCCGCUUUAUUUCACUAUAAAUAAUAAAAUUGUGGUCAGUUUGAUGUAGCACAGUGUUAAAUGCUUAUAUUUAUUUUAAAUUAUUUAGAAAGACCUUGAGGAGAGCUUGUUUCUAGUUUAGUCAAAGAAAAAACUAAAAAAUGAGGAAGAAAUACAAACCAGAACUCUCACAACAGAACUGUACAUGUACAACCUCUAUUGCCCUCCACUGCUGUAUAUAGAAGAGUUCAGAGUUCAGAGUUGAGCUUAAGUUUCUGUCUAUCACUGAGCCUAUUUAAACUGACUGCAAUCUGCCAUUUUCAAAUAAUUCUGACUCUUUACCUGUUAGGGCCUUGCCACUGAUGAAUGCUGUCACAUUAGAUUUGAGACUCUUUGCAAUGCAGGUAAUUCCAAGUGCACUGUUUACAACAUACACUGUACACCUACAUACAGUACUGUAUGUCCUUCGUACAUAUAAUACAGGAUUUGCAAAUUUUAUUGAUGAGUGGAGUCAGUGUGACUUCUGCUUCACAAAUUUUGGAGUCAUUUUGGAAUAUUUGGAGUCAAGUAUCAUAACGAAAAAAGACGUUUUCAGACUUUCCAGUAUGUGGUCCUGGCAUGCAUACACUAUCGUGAGUGAUACACAAAGUAGCUGUGGCAGUCCACUGACCUGAAAAGCUCAAAUCCUUGAUGGCUGUCAUCGAGUAAACUUUGAUCGUAAUUUAUUCUCUUCCUGUUUUGUCGUGCAGUAUAAUUCUUGAAUUUCGAUGAUUUAAUUAAGGUUUACAAGGUUUACGAUUAACAUAAAUUAUUGUAUUUGUUGCGAAAAAGGUAAGGACAAAACUGUGUUUGUUACCAAAAAUUUCUGAAGUCGAAGUGGCUCCCUGUUUGUUACCGAAAAUUUCUUGAGUCGAAGUGACUCACUCGGUAACCUCGGCGGAGUCAUCUGAACAAUUUUAGCAUAAAAUACUUAAAAUUUGGCGUAUUUUCAAACCCUGUAAUAGGUGUAAUAAGAACCUGAUUGUUUCUUUGUAGUACUGUCAACUCUUUCUACAUUAUUUAGUUGAUGGACACCAUUGGGACAGACACUACAUGUAAGUGUCUGUCUUGGAGAGAUGUUUGUCUUAUAGAGAGUCAAAUGAUGGAAGUAAAGACAGGCAGGGACCAACUCUAGGUGUCUAUUUUACCGAGGUGCCCACCCUAUAGAGGUGUCCUUAAAGAGAGAGUUCGCCAUAAAGUGCAUCUAUUUACCUCUUUUGCUUCCUGGUCUGGAGCUCAAGAACUAUCAUUUAGAUCAUACUGAGCUAGGCGCUUACCAAAGUCAGACCUGACUGGCCAGACUGGUGAUUUUGAAAAUGAAAUUUAUAGGCUUUUGUUGAUAGUUUUCAUUAAAAUCCCAUCACUGCUAUUCUUAUUACUUAUGAGCUCACUGAUAUAGCUGGGCAAUCUUCUGAAAAUCCAGAUGGGCUGGUGCAGACAGCCAGUUCUGGCUGAUGGUACAUGUAAGUGUUCUAGGGACCCAGUUACAUGGUAACCUGAAAUGGCAGAUAAAUUCAGUCUCUGAGAAAAUAAAUGCAAUUGCUAGUUAAAAUUUAACACUGCAUUGAAGGCCAUCAGCAGUUGAGAAAUUGGGUGUGGUUGUGCAAAGGUGAUCCUUACACCGUACUGUUUAUUGAUACCGAUAGGCAGACAAACAGCUUAUUGAAAGCAGACAAGGUAAACCUGGUGAAAUGCUUGAGAAAGCGGCUGAGGUUAUGAUGGGCUGCUUUAGGGUCUGUGCAAGUGACAGGUAAAUUGAGUAAAUUACUAGGGUACACAGAAAGUCAGUUUUACAGCUUGUCAUUUGGGCAGGCUGUGGCUAGCCCAAAAAAGAUUUGAAAGUUGCGGUAACUUUUCAGAUCCAAAAGGCUGUUUGCCAUGUUUGCAUUGUAGAUCAAAGUUUCAAUAAUUUUGAAGAAGAUACAGUGAAAGUUAACGAAACAAAAUUGAAUGGUUUGUAAUUUAGGAACUGCACUACAUUUCAGCAGGUUUUGAUUUUAACAAGAAAUGGGCUCCAGGACUGUUUAAAAUAUGUCUUACUGUAAUUUGCAUCCCCCCCCCACAAAAAAAAAAACUUCUCAAAUUAAAAAAAAAAAAAAAUUCAGUAGCUGGCUAGCAAAGUUCACUAUGGUGAUUACCAGUCUGUGUGUAACGAGGCUACCCCAGACAAUAGUUCUGCAUGUUUCCAAAUGCAUACUUGAUUGGAAAAGUGUCUUACAAUCUACAGUGAAAGAUUCCCUGUUGUGAAGGUUGAUGUCUUUUCUAGCCUUAUUUUGAGGGGAAUCUACUACAUAAUGUACUUGUUGAUGCAUACAUAGUGGAUAACACACUCCAGAUAAUUUUAUACCAAUGGCUGUUAAUAUUAUUUUCCUACAAAGGGAAGGUAAAGUAUGCUAAAUCAAGAGAAAAAUGCAGGUGCACCCAUGGUUAUGCUUAUGAUUACCAUUGACAUCCAUUUUGACAUUACUGAACAUUAAUCCCAAGUGCCAAUUUCUUCACUAUAAUCAGUCCCAUUUGUUUCCCUCGGAAACGUUUGUCACCCUUUUAAAUUAAAAGACAUAGUGGCUUACAGGUGUAUUAUUUCCUUUAAAGCCGUUCAUCCCUUGAUGUGUCCAAGAAGUGGGGCAUGUUAGCACUUGUCAAUCAUUUGUUCAAGAUUUACUUUAAGGUGAUUGAUGGUUUAGCUUUGUUUAUGUACAUGUAUGUUAGUAGUAGUCAUAGAAUUUCUAUUUCACAUGCAUGUAAAGAGUGACACACAGGCAAAUGUAGAACAUAUUUAGCUUCAUAGCAAUGUAAAUCAAAACACUGAGAAAUAAGACACUUACACUGUAGCUCAAGUCACAUUUUUUUAUACAUGUAUUUUGUUUUCAUUGAAGGGCAAGGGUAUAAUUUUGGGUUAAUAGGAAGAGUUUUGCCUUGUAGUGUGUAUUUCAAAGUUGGGGUGACUGUCUUUUUUUUGCAUGUAGAGGUAACAGUUCUGAUUUUUGCCAGAGAAGGUAUGGGGUUUGCUUAUAUUACAACAGGGUUUUCAUCAAGAAUCCUAGUAGCAGGAGAAAGGUGAAAUGUUACAGGAGAAUAUUUUGAAAGAGGCUCGAAGUCUGCAUAAAAAAUAGUCAUAAGCUACCGAACAUUAAGCAGAGAAUUCUGCAUAGUAAAUGAAGAAUUCUUUGAUCUUCGAUGUGUAAUGAAACACCCUGUUGUAAGCAAUGUUACAUAACACAUAUAUUAUACUGAGACACCUUGAAGCGUGGCAUCUUUAGUAGUGUGAAUCUUUCUCUGCCUUAUGCAUAGUAAACUAUUUUUUGAAUUCAUCAAUGAUUUGCAGAUUAACAAACUUCACUUGUGCAAGCCUUUGAUCAGAGCGAUUGAUAGUGCUCCAAUCAAAGACCAGUUUAAACUGGCUCAUCUGGUUACCUACAAGUGAGUGUCUGUUUAGUGAUAUAAAAAAAUCUACUAAAUUUCACAAGUUAUGACUGUGUCCUUGAAUUUUAAUAGUCCUGGAAUUCGAUUUUUUCUUGCUGGUAAUCUGAACCUACAGUAAGUUGCUUCAUAAGGAUUGUUAAUUGGAUGUGGCUGAGUAUUUAUUUAUUACAGAUUCACUCCACUACAUUACAAGCAAAUAAUGAAAUGAAAUAAGUUAACACUACUAUAAGAAAAAAAAAAAAGAAAAAAGUUGUGGAGAAGGAGACAACCAAAAGCCCCAAUGCGCCAUACUAGGCAUGCCCCCACUAAUUAAAAUAUAAGAAAAAUAUGUACAUGUAUGAUAUAUGGCUGCAUAUUCGUCUUGUUCUCUCAGUCCAUAAUAUGCAAAAAAAGAACUUGGCCAAUAUGCAACCUUCUUGACCUCUUGCUUGGUCAGUAUAAAUGCAUAUGUACUUGUAUAGUUUCUGUUGUCAAACAUUGGCUUGUUCCUUAGCAGUUUUUGGAUAUGAAGGGAUGUUUAUUCUGACUAGCAGAUUGUAUAGCAGUUGUCUUCCAUUGAUUGGUAUUUUUCUUUAUUCUUACUACAGUGGAACCCCGCCUUACAGCCACCUCGGCAAUAUGGUCACUCAUUAUAAUGGCCACUUUUUUUCAGCUUGUUGGAACAACCAUACAUUUUCUUAUUAAAAAAACUCCGUUAAUACAGCCAACAGUCACAUUUUAAAAUCCCAAACAGGAGAAUCUGUUAUAAUUUCAUCCCUUUAAUGCAGGCACUCGUACGAAAUUUAGAAAACUGAAUUGCCUGUGACAUCUUUAGUAAGCUGAGCCUGUUCUUGUAUUACUUUUAUAAUAGACUACAAUACACUAAGAAUGCAUUUGUUUUUAGGCGAUUUUUAGAGGUGUUUUAUGCACUGAAGGGAAGUUUCAAGUAGUUUUUACAAUUAGUGUACGCAAUAUCUUCUACUUAUUCCGGUUGUUUAUCUGAGAGAACAGUUGUUCAAGAAGUGCCAAUUAUGUGAAUAUAUGGUUUAUUUGUCAUUACGGCCCUCAAGUCAAGAAAUUUGACCCUGCCCUGGCAAUACGGCCACCCCGUUUUUUUGACCCAUUGAUGAUCGUAUUAAUGGCGUUCUAGUGUGUACUUUUGAUACUGCGGUGCAGCUAAUUUUGUUUUGGCAUGAUGUCCAUCCCGUUUUCUUUCUAAAUCAAUACGACCGAUGUCAAUCACAUUGAUAUCAGCAAACAUCUUCCAAAUUUGGUGAACCCUAGCGGGUUACAAAGAAUUAGCCAGGGGUGAUAUUAAACCAAUUAAAAACUGAAAAAUAUUGUCAUUAAAAUUAAUAAUAAAGUAGUACUCUACAUCUAAGUCAGGGAUUUGCUGUCCAGUGUGGUACGUUUUUGGUGUACUGGGUCAACUUUACUAGAAAUGUUUGUUUUUAAGUUAGUACUGUUACAAAACAUGUACAUUCUGUACCUUUUGGUAUAAGGAAAUACUUUAUCCAACAUCGGCUUUAGUUCAGUCUCAUUUUAGUCUCCCUCGCAGCUGUUUUUGUCUUGUCAUGGGACGCUCCUCCCCAAUCUCAUUUAUCUGAUAAAAAUGGUAUCAUUAUGGGGAUUGUGAGGGUUACAUUUUAAUGGUUUUGUUUAGGUUAUGUUGAAAAAUAUUCUUUUUGUUUCCUGUACCUUUACUAGAUAUUUUGUUGGAAGGAAAGCUAUGUUUGAUAGUGAUUUCAAAGCUGGUGAGAUAUUAGAAUGAUUUAUAACAGUUUUGAAUUUGCUCUGCACAGUACAGCUGUAUGUCAUCAACUAUACCUUUGAGGAAACUCUUCUAGAUUAUUAUGAUAAAAAAUCACCCCAAAAUUAAAUCUUUAAGUCAGCCCCUUGUUUCUCUCUAACCAAGGCUAUUGCAACAAAAUCUCUAUUUGUACUAGUUUAAAGCUUUUGAACUGUCACUGGUGGUAUAAGAGCAAAUGUACACUGAAUGAGAGAUGUGUAAGGUUUGCGGUUAUGCAGUCUUGAGUUAUUUUUGCUGCAAGUUUGCGUAAAUUUUGAGUGGUAUGGUGGUUUUGACAUUUUUCUGCAUGGUUGUGAGGUUUCCAGACCCUCCUUAUACCCCCCUGUUAUGAAAAAAUAUGAUCUUGUGAUGGUACAUAAUUCAUAGUGUUUACCCUUUAAACCCUGAUAUUAAAAUUGAGAUUCUCAUUUACUGUCCCUAUACAAUUCAAUAGAAGUACUGGGGAGAAUUUGUUGAAAUAUCAAUUAGACUCAUCUUUCUUGAUCAUAUGCUCAAUUCUUAUGACCACUAUGUUUUCUAAAGCAUUGACAUGAUAAGGAGAAAUUUUAUGCUGAUCACUCUUAGGGCUUCAAGGGUUAAGAGCAGUAAUAUAAAGUUAUUGACGUUGACAGGUACUGGACAAUAAUAAGUCUCCUCAAAUUAUCUGAUCACUCAGAUAUUAGACUUAACACAGGCUCUCCCCCGCUUUUCAAACAUUGGUGAAAGCACUUGAUCUUCUCUUUUUUUAUGCCUGGGCACUAAGUACUUCAAUAUAAAUGUAUUCUCAUUUUUGUGGACUCAAGUUUGUGUUUACCUCUCUUUUAGCUGAUGAAUUCUUAACAUUUGCAUUUCAACGCUGUCACAGAUCAUCCAGUAAAAAUAAAAGGUAAGGAUAAGCCGUGAAUGCGCUUUUUCACACAAUAAAAGAAAUAAAAAUUAUUUUUGUGCGAAAUUUAAUGUAGUGUUCUUUGUGAUAGUAAGUUCUUGUUACAACAAGGGUUAUUUUUUAUAGUGUUUUUUUUUUUCAAUGAAAAUAAUACUGUUAUUUCAUCAUUAUUUAAGUUCAGACUAGUUGUGAUGUUGAGGCGUAGUGAGAAUUGACUUGUGCAGUGGAUUUAAGCCUUAAGAUCCAUUGAUUUUUUGCAGUCCAUUUUUUCCGGUGGAUAUCUUUCCUCUCCAUCCAGAUCAAAUGGGCAAUUCCAGAAAAUAUCCAUACCCAACCACGGACGGCUUCCAUGUUUUAACCCCCCCUUGCCUUCGGAAAUUCCAAAAUGCGCUACCCCCCCAUGACCUCAGAAUUCCAUAGUCGUGAACCCCUCCUCCCCUUCAGAAUUUCCGGGUUUUUUUGGAAGUACAUUUUCGACUUAGCAACGCCGAACAAACGAACAUGAAUUUAUGCCUCCUCAAGGCUGUGAUCUAGCGGCGCCAGGUGACAAGCUUUACUCUUCAGUGACAAGAAAAACCUACGCUAGUUGCCAGGUCGUGCAAACUCCUUUUUAAGUCCGAAUUUGGCUAUAAAAAUAAACACCACUUAAGGUAAUUUUACUCCUCUUUGUUUUCUUGUGCUGUUAGCUCAAACAGACUGUUAAAAUCUUUUGGCGGUCAAAUAUACCGUCGAGUCGUGUUGCGUCCUUUUAUACGUCAUGUAGUGCGCACGAAAAGCGUUCUAAUCUGACAGGCGUUCCUUGGAAGUGAGGGACUGGUGCGAGUUUUUUUACUCUUUAUCGGACGGGAGUAACAAGAAAUUUGCAAGCGGUAUUAAAAGAUACAUUUUCAGUUUUUAUUCACGUGACAAGAAAUUCAUCAAGGUAAAUGUGAAACCAACGUUUUACUGUUCACUUCUAUAAGUUGUGAGCGUAAACACGUGUCUGAUCUAUCGAUGCUUGUCUUCUGCUUCCGCGGUCAUACGUUCGUGGUUUAUUUACGAACUACAAAAGUCCACAACAAUAGUGUUUUCCAGGAACUUACUCUACACUUUCUACUCCAGAAAUCCCACCUGUGGAAUUCCCCCAUACCUUCGGAUUUCAAAUCGUAAAUACCCCCCCAUGCCUUCAGAAUUCCAUAAUCGUGAAUCCCCCCUCCCCUUCGGAAAUCCUUAAGGCCGUCCGUGGUAUGGUAUGGAUAUUUUCUGGAAUCGCCCAAUGGGUUCUUUGCCAGCUAUCAUAUUUUGAAUUCAUGACUGUUUGGGUUUUGCAGGGCAAUUUUAGUUUAUCUCAUACCUGUGAAAAUGUUGCUGGUAAGUCAAUGGCUCAACUGUCUUUUGUUUGACCAUUUUUGUUUCUGUCAAUGAACCUGGCUAAAGACCCGGAGAACGAGGGCGCUCUAAAAAGUUUUAUAUGGGGAGUCUCUGCCCCAAGGUCCAACCUCUUACCCUUUUACAUGUAUACCGUAAAAUUCCGAAAAUAGCCCCUCCAUGUAUAAGCCGCUCCAAAUCUAAGCCCCCCAAAAUCGUAACGCCAAAAACCCCCCGUUAAAUCGCCCCUCCGAAUAUAAGCCCCCUGGGGAGGGCUUUUACUUGGAAUUUGCCCUCGAAUACAAAGUAAAACAAAGCAAAAAUGGUAAAUUUCCUUCCCACUACACGCUAGCCCAAUCGAUUUUGAAACGCAAAUUUCCCUCCGUAAAUAAGCCCCUCCGAAUAUAAGCCCCUCCAAAAAUAAGGCCCUCAAAAAGGGCCUUUGAAAAAUAUAAGCCCCGGGGCUUAUUUUCGGAAUUUUACGGUAUACCACUUUUAUUGAAAAAAAAGGACCCCUUUCGUAUAUCCUCUCUUACCCAUACCUAGUACAGGGCCCUUCCCAGUGUCCUUGCUGUCUUCUGUCCUCUUCAGGUUUUUGCAAAAAAAAAAUCUUUACUGACUCCUCACUUUCAAAGUUCGAUCAAAAGUCAUUUUCAGUGACAAUAUUGUAAGUAAACUAAACUGCAGAUAUUUCGUUGUUGUUGUUGUUUUAAGCAUUAAUUAUUUUCAAUGAAGUUGUACGGUUAGAUUGUAAGUUCAACUGUCUGGUAAUAACUUCUUGUGUGGUCUGGUCUAGGGUUAUAUGCCAAACGAACAACUUCUGUAUAAAUACAACUUGACUCAGUUUCUGGAUGUUGUCAGAGCUGUCAGGUAUGAAGAUUGUCUUUAACGUUUAACCCUUUAAGCCCCAAUAUCCACAUACAAAUUCUCCAAACUGAUCUCCAUACAUUUCCUUUAAGAAUUAGUUAAGAGAAUUUGAUAAAAGAUCAUGGAAUUUUCUCUACGGUGAUCAUUUUAUUAAUUCUCAUAACCUAAUCUCUUGACAUUGUAUGGAUAUUGUUAGGAGAAAAUUGAUGUGGGUCACUAUUGGGACUUAAAGGGUUAACGUUUAAACCCUAAUCUGGACCAUGUCAAUUUUGCCGUUUCUGCUAGUGCUUUUAGUGCAUUUGCAUGUAUGCAGAUAAACUUACAGUAGUCAGCAGAACUUUCUCAGGCUAACACGAAGCAGACAUGAACCGCGAGACACGCGCGACAUUCUCUCGCGCUCAGAGUGACCUCUAUAAGCUAAAGCAGUAGCUUCUUUGGUUUUAAGGGCUAGGGGCAAUCCGCAUUGUUUUUGUUGAAUCAUCCAUUGCUAUGUUCUUCAACCACAGACCUUGCCUGGAGAGCUACUGACCCUCCCAGCGCUCAACGUCCGCUUCAUGCUUGCCUGCAAAACGCGAAAAAAUUAGCGCCCGUUGUGCAAGUUUAAUUUUCAACGAGUGUCUUACGUUCACUUUCAGAAUGGGCAAUCUUGCACUUUUAAAUGAGACGUUGGAUAGACAACAGGUACUGAGACAUGUCUCUUUUGCACUGACAAAGCGUGUUUGUAGUUAGACACUUUUUUUUCUUUAAUUCUUUAAUAGUUUGCCAAUACAAAAUACACACUUAGUAUUGACCGGAAAGCCCUAAACAGGAAACAACUUCCCUCAUUGGAGGGCUACCUAAAUUCACAAUAAAUAAGAAAUAAAAAACAACUAAAAGAAAAAAUCAUAAAUACCUAGACAAGUGGCAAUCAUGUGCAAUAUUAAACUAGAAUAUAAUUAAACUAGUAAGAAAAAUAAAUUAAAAGAAUGUAGAAAUAUCCUUCAUGUGUAGAAAGGAUUUCAGGCAAUUCUUAUAGUCGUCUAAAGAUUCAGUUUUUCUUAAAUGUAGAGGCAGAGAGUUCCAUGACUUUACUAUUCUAAAGAAGUGCGAAAAUUUUAAAACAUUAGUUUUUAGUUUUAUCCAAAUAAAUUAAAGUCAGCGCGGGUAGGAAGUCUUUACUUUAAUUACGCUUUAUUAUGCUAAAAUUUAAGGUCUUCAAACAUCUGUUAGACGUUUCUAAGAAGAAUCUAAUUUAUUUUGAAGAGCUCCAGUUAUGGUAAUCACUGACGUUGUAGUAAUGAGCCGGAAUACAGCAUGCACUUGUGAGGGAUGAAUGCGGCGCUAACAACUGUUAAGCUAGCAUUACUGUAGGUUUGUGUGCAAGUUAUUUCUGUGUUAUGCUUCAUGUCUAGCAUUGAUUACUAUUUUCCAGGUCUUCUUCAUACAGUGUGGUGUUUACCUUAUCCUAGAGAAGUUGAAGAUCAUUACGUAUAGGAAUUUAUUCAAAAAAGUGUAAGUUCAUGUAGUUUUUCCGCAAGAGCCAACAGCCCCAAUCACCCUCCAUCAUCUUCUGUUUUUAGCUAUUUCUCUGAAAGGGCGACAUUAUUCUAAGCGAGGAAAAUCGGUCGGAUUUAUUUUGUCUCUUGGUCAGUUUGUUGUUACUUUAUAUGUCGAAAUGAAGCAGACUAUGGCAAAGGUCCUGGCUAUAAAUACGUAUUUCUCAAUUAUCUUUUAGACAUUAAAUUAUAGGAACAUUUACGCUAAUGAAAAGCAUUUCCAACUUCUUUUGUUUCAGGAGUCUUCUUUUAAAAACUCAUCAGUUACCCUUAGAUGCGUAUGUUGUUGCUCUUAAAGGAAUGAAGGUAAAUAAAGCCAUUUUAAAGGGGUCGCUAAGAGCUGAGUUUGUCAUACAGGGACCUUUCUGUUGGUUUGCAUAACAACUGUAAUAACUGUAAUAACUCAUUUAUGAUGUUGGAAGAGCACAUUAUUUGCCGUCUAGACGAUGAGACCGCGAAAUAACCGUAUUUUUGCGUUUGGUUCCUUAUUCGAAUGCAAGCUGUCGUAAAACGAAAGGCCUAGAGGGAAUGUGGAAACGUGCGUAUGAGGCUUGCGUUCUUCGCGCGAAAAUGUCGCGUCUUAAGCCUUGCAAAGAGCGAUUUCGAGAAAAAAAAGCACGACUGUUUUGCAGUCCAAGGCGGGAAAAACGGGAAAUAAAGCAGACGUAUUAAAAGUCAGACAAACUGAGCGUCGUCUGAAUUUAAGUGCGUCUGAUCAACGCUCUUAAUAGACGUCUUUGUGGUCUCAGAAUUUUGAGCUGUUGAGUGUAAAGACGAGACGCAUUCCUAGACUGCGAACAGUCUCUCUUUUUCUUCAGAUUUAGUAAGGGGAGUGCACGCGCGCCCGAGCGUUGAGCGGCGAAGCCGCGAGACGCGAGAAACGUGCCUCUCCCGUCUCGCGCCGUCAGUCACGCGCGUGGUCAUUUGCGUGUCUCGGGCGUUUUGCUCGACGGGCCUAGAAAAAAGAGAGACUGAUCGUAGUCUAACGCAUUCCCGCCAUCGUACUUAACUCGUCCAGACGUGUUUAAGGUCCUCUAGUAUAAAAACGGCCAUUAUAAUUGUUGCUGUGAAGGGGUUGAAGAAGCAUGGCAAAGAAAUCUAGUGGACCAUGAUGGUUAUUCUAUUCUAACUUCACUGUAUGUUUAAUAUGAUUGUAGGUUGACGAUGUAGACGUUAUUGAAGUUGAAUGCAUAGUGGCGAAUCUUAUAUAUGAGGUGGGUAGGUGGGCGUCAUCUUUCGAGAGAUUUCAAACCAGACGUUUCUACAUUCGGUAUGCAUGUAAUUAGCACGAAAGUACAAAUUGAGGACAUUAUUUUUACCGCCGUUUUACGUGGUCAUCCAAGCCACGCGAACCUCGACCUCUCGCUCUGCGCUCUACCGACUGAGCUGUUACAAUCCACAUGAUCCACUCGUCCUUCAUUUCACACGGAACCCGUAAAUUCUAGCCUACAUAGGCUAGUAAAUUCGUGUUGACGGAAUAUUUGUUUGGAAGGUGUCGGUUCCUGGUAGAUGUGCUAGAAGUGGUCUGGCUAAGAGAUGUAUUUGGAGAGCUUCCUCGAUCUUUUUUGUUCUCAAGCGCACUCGUUUGAGUUUUGAGAUGUAUGUUUGUUUCUUUCUUUUGUGGGCGUGCGGGGGUCCUUGUUGUAAAGUUAAUAUUAGUAACAUUCUUCUUUGUCUCAGGGUUACAUCAAAGGCUAUAUAUCCCAUCAACAUCAGAAGUUAGUGGUCAGUAAGCAGAAUCCAUUUCCUGCCUUAACAAGCUUUCUCUAGCCAGCCACUUCAGGGAUGAUGGUUUAACAAACUCAAAGCGUCGCGAAUCCUCAAAGAGAGACUGGAAAGGAGCAAGCCGUUUCAAGAACAUGCAGUGAUGUUUACGUUGACGACCCAUCACACACAUUUUGACAGUCUAAAGACGCCAUAUUAGAAAGAAAGGCGGGACUCAUGCGCCAUUGUUGAAGUUACGAACCAUUUAGGACCGAAACUAAAGCACGGCUAAGACUUAUGAAAAGGUUUUUCUAAUGAGGGUUUUCGCGACGACAAAGAGGCGGUUUUGAUUGGAACAUAUUGCUUGUGUUAAUUUUCUUGCCACUGAAGUGGUUUUCUUGAGUCCCCUUUCGUUCACGAAAAUUGACUUGCAAUUUUUUCGAUCGGCAUUUUUAUUCACUUCAUUAACGGGUGACUGAACAUUCUAGUGAGUACUUUUUCCUGCUCUAUUAAGUUAUAUCGAUUUCGUGAAAAUAUGAGAGAUCUCAGAAGCAUAUGUCCAUCAAGAGAAUGGAUUAAUGUUUUAGAUGUCAAACUUUACAUAUACCGCCGGCAUCCAAUUCAAAUGAGGUAGAAAUGUACCUUUUUCCCGAAAUCAUAAAACUCGACGUCUGAAAUUGGCCUAGCCCGUGAAUACAGCCGCCUUUCACCUCUCGCCGGCGCAAGGAACGUUUUGAGAAG